AAGAAAACGGCAGAGUGAUAUCUCGAACUGACAUUUUGACAUUUUUACAAGAUGCCUAUCCCCAACAUUGUAUAUGAUAUUGUGCUCUAAUAAACAGUGGAAUAUGUUAGAGUUUACAAGAUGCUUGAAGUUCCCUCCUGAUUUUGUGUUCUAAUAGCCGGUACAACAAAAUAGAUUUUUUACAAUACGCAUCCCUCCAACGUUGAAUGUGAUUUUGUGCUCUUAUAGACAGUGGAACAAGUAAGAGUUUAAAAGCUGCUUGAAGUUCCCUCCUGAUUUUAUGGUCUAAUAGCCUGUAGAACAAAAUAGAUUUUUACAAUACGCAUCCCUCCAACGUUGAAUGUGAUGUUGUGUUGAGAUAACCAGUGGAACAAUGUAUUACUUAUCUAGCUGAUAUGAUUUCUGAAUGGAAGAAUCCAAUUGAUUAUUGUGAUACACCAAUAAUGCUUGUGGUUUAAUCAAAGACAAUCAUUGGUCAGAUAGUUGUGAUAUAUCUGAAUCCGAUUAUUCACUUUUAUCAAUUAUCAUUUCUAUAAAGAGACAAAUGGAAGAUAGUAUAAUGAUCUGUAAUAUAGAGCACGGUUUAUGAUUUAGUGGAAUUUGAAUAUACAGAGUUGAUUUGAUAGUACAAUUUAACUACAUAUUAAUAUUGUAUUAUAAGCUGAUUUGCAGUUAUGAUUCAAACAAUGAACAUAACCGAACCUUUGACUAAUGAUAGUACUCGAGCAAACGCUACCUGCUUAGACAACAGCUGUUUUAAACCGUAUGAAAUACCAGCCCUAACUUUGGAAUGGAAAAUACUCAUACCACUAUACUGUCUAAUCUUUGUAUUGUCUGUUGUUGGGAACAUACUGGUUAUCCUGACGUUAGUCCAAAAUAAACGGAUGAGAACAGUGACAAAUGUCUUCCUGCUCAACCUCGCCAUCAGUGAUUUGUUUAUAGCUAUACUAUGUAUGCCCUUCAACACAAUACCACUCAUUCUACAGAAUUUCAUUUUUGGGAAGUUUAUGUGUAUAUCAGUACGUUAUCUGCAAGGUGUUUUCUUCUGUGUUGGCUGCUUUACUUUAGUAACUAUAUCCUUAGAGAGAUAUUUCGCAAUCUGUAGACCCCUACAUUCCCGAAAAUGGCAGACUCUGUCACACUCGUACAAGAUUCUCGGAAUAUGUUGGAUCUUAUCGUUUAUAGUGAUGAUACCGUCAGCUAUACACAAUAAGCACAUACCUUUAAUUUACGGAAACAGUAUGUGUCGGGAAGAAUGGGACAACACUUUCUUUGAGACCGGUUACACAAUAGCACUGGUCAUAUUACUUCUUGUUGGACCCGUUAUCACCAUGACAGUUGCUUACAUGUUAAUAGCCGUAACGUUAUGGAUUGGAAUGAAAAUGGACACACAGAAUGAAUUAGAAUCAACCAGUGGAUCACAAAAUGGAUCUUGCAAAAAACCAGACGUAGUUCCGAUAGCGAAGCCUAAAGGUCGGUACGAUCUCCAACGUGGAAUGCGACAAUCGAACAGUGAAAGAAGUAGGGCGUCGAAGAAAAGGGUCAUCAAAAUGUUGUUUGCAGUUGUCUUUGAGUUCUUUGUAUGCUGGACACCUAUGUUCAUAAUCCAAUCCUGGGUUAUUAUAGACGAAAGUUCUGCGGGACUCUACGUCACCAACGAACUGUCAUCUGCGUUUCAUCUACUUGCCUAUGUGAGCACGUGCUGUAAUCCUAUUACGUAUUGCUUCAUGAAUCGUAACUUCAGACAAGGAUUUUUUUCUGCUUUCCGCUGUUUAAGACGUCAAAGGAUUUAUCGACAAAAAUGCAGCAGUUUAUCGUAUUCAGGAGGGUCAUACGUCAAUACAAAAAUUAGCAAGGCUGGAUCGUAUGAAAGGUCUCACCAUUUUGAAAAUGCUGUUGAAUCAGAAGAGACAUGAAUGCUUAGUGUAUUUAGGUCUAAAUACACAAAAACAAAAGCUGUGGUUUAAAAGUGCAAUUAAUAGAACGACUUAGUAUUGGUAUGACCUCCCUUACUAAAUGAAUGAACUGAAUUACAACUGUUGACAUUGAUUUUCAAACAACAUUGUUUAGUUCAUCUCAUCGAAAGAUAUAUUUUAAAUGUCGAUACAAUCCAUGUUAAACCUAAAGGAUAUCAUAACUGGGGUUUUGAGAUGUUUUUUUUAAAUCAUGUUUGCGUCUCCAUUAUACGAUACAAUGCAUUUCUUAUGUAAAACAAGUCGUUUCAAUUUCAAUAGAAUUACGCGUACAGUUCAGGUCUAAAACGUCCGAUACAUAAAUAUUUCUCUGCGUGAAUUAUUAUUCUUUUUUUAGUGAACAGGCUUCUUUAACUAAGAAAAAACUUUUUAAAUUACUUUUAUGAAUAUCAUUUAUACAUCAAUGGCUUCUAAAUUUAUUAAAGUGUUAUUUUAUAUGCUACAAAUGUAUGAGUCGUUCGAAUACGGUUUUGUAAUGCAAAAUACCCGGAAUAGACAAAGUCUUAGAAAUAAAGAAGGUGGACAAUAAGAAACUAUGAAAGUCCAUGAGAGAAAUAAAAUUAAAAAAAAAAAAACAAACUUCAUUUUCCUUGCUGUUUAUAACAGUGAAGAACAAAAAAAUGGUCCAGAUUUAAUAUUUAGUAAUAUAUUACUGAAUUUAAGCUCAUUGCAGCAAUAAACCACAUACCUUAUUUACAUAAGACCAAUCGAACGACAAAUGAAAAAAAAAAACAAAAAAACAAAACAAAAAACAAA